UGUCAGGUUAUCCAUAAUUGUUCCCAAUUGUCUCUCAAGUAAUCACUUGCCAAGACAAAGGAACUGAUUGAGUUGUUGUCUUGGGUAGGUCAGUGUGUGUAAGAGAGAUGCAACAAUUCUAAUCUUAAGCUGACCAAGAGAGCACAAUGGACAAGAGGAAGACAGCUCUUUUGGCAAGAAGCUAGUUGUUGCUGAGACACAAUGGACAAUGGUAGACAGGGCCUUGUCUCACGGCCCCAGCGGAUUAGUGAAUCCUCCAAGGUGUACCGCUGGGUGGAGCAGGCGAGCGUGAUUCUGCAGGGUCUGAACGAUCAGCGAGAGAGCGGCCAGCUAUGUGACGUGGUGCUGCUGGCCGACGAGCAGCGAGUCCCGGCCCACCGAGCGGUGCUGGCCGUGGCCAGCCCCUACUUCCACGCCAUGUUCACCCUGGCCAUGAGGGAGGAGCACCAGGCCGAGGUGGAGCUUGUGGGCGCCUCGUACAUCGGCCUCAAGGCCGUGGUCGACUUCCUGUACAGCGGAGAGCUGCUGUUGGACGGUGGCAACAUCGACUACGUCCUGGAGACGGCUCAUCUGCUUCAGGUGUGGCGUGUGGUGGACUUCUGCUGCCAGUAUUUGGAGCAGGAAGUGAGUGAGGACAACUUCCUGUACCUCCAGCAGCUGGCCCAGCUGUACAGCCUGCAGCGCCUCGACCUCUACAUCGACCACUUCAUCCUCCAGCGCUUCGCCACCCUCUCCUUUACCCCACACUUCCUGCGGGACCUCCCUGUGCACAAGCUGACCGUCUACCUGGCCAGUGAGCAGGUGCAGCACGACAGUGAGCAGGCACUGCUCCAGGCUGCCCUCCAGUGGCUGAGCCAGACCCCCACACGCCACACCCACGCUCGCCACCUGCUCUCCCACAUCCGCUUCCCGCUGAUGCCCACGGCUGAGCUGACGGAGCGCGUGCUGCCCGCCCUGCAGGCCCUCCUGCCCGGAGAGGCCGUGUGCCAGGCCCUGGUGGAUGAGGCUCGGAGCUACCACGCCCGGCCCAGCGCCCAGCCCCUCCUCCAGACGGGCCGCACCGCUCUGAGGGGCGGGGUGGAGCGCCUCCUGCUGGUGGGGGGGGAGGUGUCGGAGCGCGGCGAGGAGCUGAGCGCAGACGUGUGCUGGUUGGACGGGGAGGCUGGGGGUUGGGGGGUGGAAACCCAGCUGCCGGCCCAGAGAAGCCACCACUGCCUGGCCGUGCUGGGGGGGUUCAUCUACACUGCGGGGGGGAGCUUGUCUCGGGACAACGGAGGGGACGCCGCCUGUAACCUGCUGUACCGCUAUAAUCCCUGUGACAACCAGUGGACCAAAGGUGCUUCUAUGAACCAGAGUCGUGUGGACUUCUUCCUGGACGCAGUUGGGGAGUGCCUGGUGGCUGUUGGGGGGAGGAACGACAGUGGAGCUCUCUCCUCUGUGGAGGUGUACCACCCUGCUCAGGACUGCUGGAGCUACGUAGCUAGCCUGCCCAGGUUCACCUAUGGCCAUGCUGGCACCGUGCACCAAGGCAUGGUCUACAUAUCUGGCGGUCACGACUACCAGAUCGGUCCGUAUCGUCGAGAGGUCCUGAGCUACGACCCUGGAGGAGGCGGCGACAUGUGGGCAGAACGUCCUCCCAUGGCCUCAGCGCGGGGUUGGCACUGCAUGGCCUCCCUGCACCACCUCAUCUACGCCAUCGGGGGAAGCAACGACCACGAGGAGAGCGCCGAGCGCUUCGACAUCCUGGCGGUGGAGGCGUUUGACCCACGUUGCGAGCAGUGGACACGCGUGGCACCCCUGCUGAAGCCCAACAGCGAGGCGGGGGCAGGGGUGUGGGGGGGGCGGAUCUACGUCCUGGGAGGGUACAGCUGGGAGAACAUGGUGUUCUCCAGGUCCACGCAGGUGUUCGACCCGGAAAAGGGCCAGUGGGAGCAGGGGCCGGACCUGCCCAAACGCAUCGCAGGGGCGUCGGCCUGCGUGUGUACUGUGAAGCCCCCGCCUGCUGGAACGCCCGACAGGAAAGAGACGGGACAGAAGGUCAAAGGUCGACGGCUUCCCACCUAAGAUGACACUGGAAGAAGAAAGCCUCGGAGAGGUGGCAAUGUGGACAGUCCUGUGUGAUGUGUAAUCAUCAACAUCCAAAGGUCCAAACACACACCUAAAACUCUGAACACAAGUACUGUCAUGUCAAGGUCAAUGAAAGCACAAUGUAUACGUGGGAAUAUUUACCAUAUGGUGUUAUCAUUUAGUAUUUUACUACUCUGUUACUGGAGGAACAUGCAGACUCUAGGCCACAGGUCUGGAAUGGCCACACCUGCCAGUGAAGAACAUAACCAGGAUUGUUGGUUCUAUGGACAGAACGUCCCCUUCUUUCCAAGAACCUUCCAAUGAAAUCUCAUAGUAGGUUCUGUACUGGACGUGUGAUUGUGUACAAAUUCUGUCACUCUGAUUCUGAACAUGCUGAUUGUCUGGUUUCAUGUUGGGUCUGUGGACAGGUGAGGGGUUAGAUAUCUUCACCUGUGCCACAUCUCCUUAAGCACAAGUGUUCUGUACUGGUCUACUUCCAUCAGCGGUGUUGUUGAGACCCUUCCAAUAGGCCUGGUCUGUCUGCUUCACAACUACUGUUAGUAGUUGUUACACAAUGCCAAUUAUAGCUGCUUUAUAACACUGAAUGUUGUAGUUUGCGUUUGAAUUAUUUGUAUCGUC